AUGGAGCAAAAGCCAGAGGAAAAUAUUAUAAACUUGUUAAUUAGUUUCGCAAAUAAACAUUUAAAGAAAAAAGAUAUCAUAAAUGAAAACAGUAGAAUGAUUAAGGAUAUGUUUUCUUCUAUCAUAUUAGUUCUAAUAAAUAAUAUCGAUAAAUAUAGUUUAGCAAAUUGUAUUAAUAACUAUAUAUUAAAUGAGUUAAAGAGUAUCAGAUUUGAAGCCAUUCAAGAUUUGUCAAAAAAAAAAAAAAAAAAAAAUAGUGAAAAUAGUGAAAUAUAUAAAAGAAUAAACAUAUUUAUCAUUUUUUUAGAAUGCAUAUUUACUAAAUUUGAUGAUAUAAACUUUUUAAGCAUAGACAUAUCUUGGAUUUAUAAACUUAUUUCUUAUAAAGAAGAUUUUAAUUAUUCGUCUUUUUUGAAUAUUUUAAAAACAAUAUUAUUAUUUAUUGAAAAAGAAGAAAAUAAAGAUAUUGUAUCAUUAGAUAAAAAUACGAAUAAUACUCAAUUUGGAAAAAAAAAAAAAAAAUUGUGUGUUGUAUAUAUUUUAUUAAAUCGUAUAAAAACAGAAAUAGAAAAUCAUGUUAAAGAAAUAAAGGAGAAUUAUAUUUUUUACAAAAAUAAAAUAAAGCAAUUAGGAGUUAUACACAAGAACUCUGGUAAUUUAUAUGAUCCUUUGUGUAAAAAUCAGAAUUAUAAUGAAAAAGAAAAGACAUUGGAAAAUCAAAACCACAUAAACAUAAUAAAUAACAUAUCAUUAUGUUUUAAAGAUACAUGUGAUUUAUUUAUUAAUAUAAUAGAGGAUAAAACAGAGAUAGAUCAAUGUAGUAUUGAAUGGGAAAAUGAAAUAAAAGAAAUAGGAAAAGAAUUAAUGCUUUUAACACCAUUCAUUAAUGAUAAAGAUAUAAGAAAUUAUUUAAUAAAUACAUUUUUUUUUACAAUUAAAAGAUAUAUAUUUAACAAAAAGGAAUAUGAAGAAUUAUGUCUGAUAGUUAUUAAAGUAAUGUAUUUGUUCAUAAGAAAUGAUGUUAAAUCUGAAAUUAAUUCAAAUUAUAAUUUUAAUGAAAAAAAAGAACUUUUUAUAAACAAUUGUGAUGGAAUAGAAAAUAAAAGUUAUGAUGAAAAAUAUAUUUUAUACAUAUAUAAAGAAAUUAACUCAAAUUUUUGUACAUUUAAUAAUAAUGAUGUUGUAUUAAAUGGCUUAGUUACGAACCUAAAAAAAGAUGAACCCGUAGAUAAAAAUUAUCUGAACAGUAUAUAUAAUUUUCUUGUUAUAAAUAUAGAUGAUUUAUAUAAUAUUGAAUUUGUAAAAUACGCAUUUAUUGAUGAUGUACGAUAUUAUUUGUUAUUAUAUAGUGAAUCAUAUAAAGAUGAAUGGAUAUUAAAAAAAAUAAUAUAUAUAUUUAACAAAAUAAUAAAUAUAUAUAAAGAUACAAGUAUGGACAAUUUUAGAGAUUGCUCUACUUUUUUAGAGGCAUGGGAAAGAUAUGAAUGUAUAUUAAAAUGUAUUGAAAAUUUUUCUAUACAUUUAUUAAAAACCAAUUGGCAAAAAGUUAUCGAUUUAAUAAAUAUGGGAAAUCAAAUAAGAAAAAAAUAUGAACUAUUUUGUGAUUCAUCAUUUAAAGAAAAAAAAAAUAUUAAAAAAAUAAAAAAUCCAAAAAAUUGUGAAAACGAACAAAAUGAAAAAUAUUACGAUUAUAAUAAAAACAAAAAUAUGGGUAUUAAUAUAUUAUCAUAUAAUCUGAAAAAUUUUCAAAAAAAUAAUUUUUUAUUUUAUGAUAGCCAUGAUUAUAAUGUCUUUAAUUUUUGUGUAAAAAAAAAAAGAGAAAAUAAACAAUUCACAUGUACAACAUUUGGAAAUUAUUCAGAUUAUAUAAUAUUAGUAUUAAUUGAAUAUUUAAUUUGGAAAUUGUUGAUACAUGAUAAUAACACAGUAACUCGUUUUUCUUUGUGUGCAUUAAUAGAACAAAAGGAAAACUACACAAAAACAGAUAAUACACAAAAUAUGGAUUAUAGUGAUGAAAAUGUUGACAAAAAAAGUGAAGAAAUUGGUGGAAUCGAAAUAAGCAUACUGCUCAAUAGUAUAAAUGAUAUUUUUUUUUUUAACAUAUUUUUUCCAGAAUGUGUAAAACCUACACUAUUUAUAAAAGGUGAUAUUCCUUUUUAUGAAUUUCGGAUUAAAAAUUUAAUAGUUUCUAAAAUUUUAAAUAGAAAAAAUUCGAUUGAAUAUAUCCAAAAUUUUAUUAUUUCGUUAAAUAAAAUUAAUUUGUUUUAUGCUAAUGCCAGAAUAAUACUUGAAGCGAUAAUUCAAGCUAUCAAAAUAAUUGAAAAUUCUAAAAGUUAUAAUUUUUUUUUGAAAUAUUUUGAUAAAAAAAUAAACGGCAUCAACGAAUGUAUAGACACGGAGAAUGAAGAUAUAGAGUUAAAUAAUGUUAUGAGUAAAAUAAUUUUGAAUAUUAUUCAUAAAAUAAAAAAUGUAUCUAUAAGUAGAAGAAAAGAUUUGCAAAUAUUUGUUUUAAAAAUCGUUAUAAAAAUGAAUGAAAGUUUAAAUCUAUUUAGUACUAUAAAAAGUUAUUCCUCAUUUUUGCAAAUUUUUGAAGAAGACUUUUUUUUCCAUGCUUUGGAAUAUUUCGAAAUUUUGACAAAUAAAAAAAUUAAUUUUGUUAAUACUUUAGACAGUAAUUUUACGAAUUUACCUGAACAAGUCAGAUUAUAUGUUUGGCUAGAAAAUAAUGCAAAUAUUUUUUUGAACAAUUUUAUUGAAAAAUUUAAUAAAGUAAUUGAUUUAAAUCAAUACAUGUAUUUUUAUGGAUAUUUGAGGUUAUUUUAUUUAUUGCUACACAUAACAAUAAAAAGAAAUAAAAAAAUGAAUGAGGAUUAUAAAAAUAUUAUUUUACGUAUUCAAAAAGAUGAUAACUUUUAUUUGGUUUAUCAUUUAGUUUUAUACUUUUUUAAAAACAAUUUAAGUCAUAUAUUUUUAAAAAAUGAUAUUAAACAAUUUUUAGUUAAAAAUAUUGGAAAUUUAAGAAAUUUUAUUAAAGGUAACGUAUAUGAGAAAAAAAAAGAGUCUUUGUUUCCUUGUCAAAAUGAAAAAUUAAAUGAGCAUAUCUUAAAUAAUUCUGAACGUUCAGAAAUAAUUGCAACAUUUUCUGAGCAUUGUUUUGAUUAUAAAAUGCUGAGAAAAUUGUUUAUAUUUACAGAUAUUGUAGAAUAUUGUGGAGAUAUAACUGCAUAUUUUUUGAACAAUAAAAUAAAUUAUUAUAACACGUCUUAUUCAUAUAAAGAAAAAAAUAUGGAUACAUCUGGUCUCGAAAAGUCGCUAAUAAUACGUGAUAAUGCACCUGAAGAAACGGAUAUUGAUGUGUGUCGAGAUAGUAAAAAUUUGUAUAUAGAAUGCGUUAAUUUUUUGAAAAAUUUUACUCAAACAAAUAUUAAAAAUAAAGAUGAUGAAAAUUAUAACAAUUUGAGAGUAAUAUUGGCACUUGCAUAUGUUUCUAAUACAUGUACAAUCUUUGGGAAAAUAGAGGAUGAAGAAAAUUUAAAUAAACAAAUUUUGUUAAUGCAAAUGAAAAAUAUAUACAAUGAUAGCUCAAAUAUGCCAAAAGACGCACACAUACCAGUAGGAAACAAUAAUAUAAUUAAUAGUCUAUGUGGUUAUGGAAAUUAUUUUUGUAAAAAUUUUAAUUUUUAUAGAUAUAAAUACUUAUAUAAAUAUUUUUCUGCACACAAUACCUUUAAAGAAUAUAUUUUUGAUAAUAAAAUAAUAUUUUCAGAAACUAUAGUUAAUGACAUUGAAGUAAGUAAAGAGGAGUUGGUUUAUGUUUAUUUUAUUAUAAAACUAUAUAUAAUACCUUGUACUUUUUCUUGUAAAAUAAAAAAUAAAAAAAAUUAUAUAGAUAAUUCUAUAAUACAAUUUAGAAUAAAAAUUUUAAACCUUUUAAUAAAACAAAGCAAAAUGCUGAUAGAUAGAUUUUCUGAAUAUAAAUUUCCAACACACUUACUUGAAUUGGCUUUUCUUACUUUAUUUCAUCCUUUAAUUGUAAAAUUUGAAAUUGAAUUAUAUAGUAAUGAAAAUUAUAAAGCAAUCGAGGAUAUGAAAGAAUAUGGAUAUAUAUCUUUUAAACUAUUAAAUUUUGUAAAAAAUAUUUUGAAAAUUGGACAGAAUAAAUUGUCUAUAUGUAGAAGUGUUGUUAUUCCAUUUUUAACUUCCUAUUUUUUUAGUAUAAUUGAAUAUGGAAAUAUUAUAAUAAAUAUAAGCAAUGAAUAUUUAGAUAAGUUUGUGGAAAUUAUUGUUGACAUUCUUAUGCAUAAAGAAUGUGUAUUAUAUGAUUGUCAAAAAAGUUUUACUAACGAUUUAUUUAAAAUAAAAAAAGGGAAUUUAAAUUUUAAUAAUUUUAUUAAUGAAAAUAUUUGCUCAUACUUUUUAAACAAAAUAGAAAACAACCAACAUAUUAUAUUCCCUUCAAAAUUUUUUGAAAUAUAUCAUACAUCAAUUUUUUUAAGACUUUUAACAUUGAUAUUUUUAAUAAAUCUAUUUAAAAUUUUAGAAAAUAAAUAUAUUUGCGUAAUGAAAAUAGGGAUACAUAAUAAAACUGAGCAUAUUUCAAAUGAUGAGAUGUUGGAUUCUCCAAAGGAAAAAAAACUAAAGGAAAAAAAAGAAGAAUUUUAUAAAAAAAGAAAUAUAAUAUUAUGUAUUUAUGAAAAGCUUAUUAUUCAUAUUUUAAAAAGAGUUGAUAACAAAAAUGUGCUUCGCGAAAAUUUAAAAAAUAAAUGUAAUGAUAAUGAAAGUAAACAAAAAAAUAAUAAAAAAGAUGGUCAAAAUAUUACCCCAUUACCUUUUUCGUAUGGUCAUAAUAUUCAAAUAAGAGGAUUACAAGCAUUAUGUAUCCUUUCAAGAUAUUUUAAAUAUAUAAAAAAAGGAAAAAGAAAAAAUAUAAUUUUUUAUGUUAAUACACUUUUACAAUAUGAUAAUCUUAGUACAACUCGUCAAUAUUUAGAAUUGUUUUGUUCAUCAAUUUGUAAUUCUUCUUUCAUUUUAUUAUAUCCCCAUUUAAUUAAAAAUAUAUUAAGAAAUAAUGGUGAAAAUGCACAAUUAACUAUUAGCUCUUUAAUUAUAUCUGCACACAUUUUUUUAAAAUCUAAAUUUAGUUACUAUUCUUUUGUAAAACUUAAUUAUAAUUCCUUUUCUGGAUUGACAGUUGAUCAGCAAAAAUAUGCCACAAAUAUAUUUGUAAAAAAACAAAAAAAUGUUAAAGCAUCACAAAAAUUAAAAGGAAAAAAAAUCAAAAAUAUUAUUAGGCAAAUCUUAGAAAAAAAUAAAGGUGAAACAACAGAAAUUGCCAAAGAUGUGGAUAAGACAAUUGCAAAUAUAAAGAAAAAAAAAAUUCAAUAUGGUAAACAAUGGAAACUAAACGAGAAAGAUAAUGAUAAACAAAUAGGAAAAAAUAGAAAGAAAUGGGAUAAUUAUCAAAAGGAGCAAAAUAAAUUACAUGAAUAUGAAAAUAAAGAAGGAUCAAAUUUUCAAAGAAAUAAAAAUGUUAUUUCUAUAAAGGAUGAUAAUAUUGAAAAAGAAAAAAAAGAUAAAGUUUAUGAAAUGGAAAAUAAAAUAUGGGAUACAGAAAAUAUAACUAGUAAAGACAAUCCACAAAAUGGUUAUUUUUAUUCACCAUAUAUUUCCAAAAUAUUAACAAAAUUAUUAUUAAAAAUAGUACUUUUAUGUUCCUCUCACUCAGCUUUAAUUAGAAGUAUUUCACAAUAUAUAUUAUACAAUUUUUUAAAAAAAAGAAAAGAAAUGCUAUUAAUUCCAUUUUUAUCGAAAAUAUAUUUAUUUAUUAAAAAUAAUAAAGAUUGUAAAAGAAUAAGAGAUAAAUUAAAAAAAGAAUUUAAAAAUUGGGAUACUUCAAUUAUCGAACAAAAAAAUAAUAUAUGUAUGCUAUUACCAACUUAUAAUCAUUCAUUUAAUUUUUUUGAUGAAGAUAUAAAUUGUGAAAAUACAAACACAUUUACACACAUUUUAUAUAAUAACGAAUUGGUGAGUUCCUAUACAUUUAUAGAUAGUAUUAAAAAAAUUGUCCAACAAGAAAUGACUUCUAUAAUGUAUAAUAUACAGUUAGAAAAAGAAAAAAAAGAUGGAAUUUCUAUUUAUAAAUAUAAUAAUGAACAAAAAUUGUUAACGUUAAAUCAGUUUUAUCAUGGGAAGAAUGUAGAUGAAAUAUCUUCUACAAUUGACGAUAAGAGAGAUACAAAAAUUUUAGCUAGCGAAAAUGGGCAAGAAAAAAAAAAAAAAACAACUAGCCAAAUAAUUAACGGAGAAGCAUGCUUUAAUAAAAGCAGUGAAAAUAUUGACUAUGAUAAAAACUUUGAAAAUUUUUUAAAACAAACCAAAAAAAAUUAUCAAAAAAAAUUCGAUCCAAUCGAUAAUAUAAUAGAAAUUAAUAACGAAUUUCGAAAAAAAUAUCAAUUAAGAAAAAAAAAUAAUUUAAUCGUCAUUGCUUCCCUAAUUGACAAAGUCCCAAAUUUAGCUGGCUUGUGCAGGACAUGUGAAAUUUUUAAUGUUAAAAAAUUAUUGCUCAGCAAUAUAAAUAUUGUUAAAGAUUUUCAAUUUCAAAAAAUUUCUUCCACUGCUAAUAAAUGGAUGAAUAUACAAGAGUUAAAAAAAAAAGAUAUUAUAAAAUAUUUAAUCAAAAAAAAAAAGAAAUAUUCUAUUAUUGGCUUAGAGCAAACAAAUGAUAGCAAACGAUUGAACGAUUUUAUUUUCCCAGAAAAUUGUAUACUAAUAUUAGGAGACGAAAAAGAGGGUUUACCAUCUUCUAUUCUUUUACUUUUACACCAUUGUGUGGAAAUACCUGGACAUGGAAUUAUCAGAUCUUUGAAUGUUCAUGUUUCUGCAGCGAUUACUAUUUAUGAAUAUUUCAAGCAACACCUUUAG